CGUGUUUAGUGUUUUCAUCAGCUAAGGAAUGAUGCAAGCUCAAAUAAGGACUUUAAAAUGCAUUCAAUGCGACCAGGCAUUUACGGAUUCCGUGAAUAACUCGCGCAUUCUUAGACAAAGGUAAUUUUUCCAGGGCGAGCUUCACCGCGUGCUGGCGUGUUUCCGCCGAUUGGUCCGUUGCUUUUCGCGGGAACAAUGUUAUACCCUGUUUUAUUUCAAGUAAACUAAGAAACGACUCGGUCGAGAAAGAUGUUAGUGUUUUUGCAAUGCAUCUGGGCACUAAAUCUAUGAUCUCUGCUUGAAGCUGUACACCGAAGAGGGUGCAAGACACUAGUAAUACUGUGUGUGGAGUAGGGAGUGUUGUCACAUUAUGGCUGCUCAGGCUUUAUUAAGAAAACAACAGGAGUUAGAAGUGAAGAAACGCUUGGUUGAGAGUUUGCUGCAGUGUGAUGAUGUGGCAGCACCUUUGAUCCCAGCCAAGAUUAGAAGACAAGGAAUUGCUGACCAUGGGAGCUCAGGCACAAAAGAAGAGACAAAUCAAGAAUCCAAGUAUGCAAAUAGCAACAUCAUAGGUAACAUAUGUAGUUGUCCUGUCACUUGUCAUCACCAUCAGUGGUUUGGUGAGGCCACACCCACUCAGGAAGCCAUAGUAGCAAAUCAACAUCUACAGCUGCAAUUUGACUGUCUCCAUGGAAGAAGCUGUAUCCCCAGUUCCAGAGGGGCAUGCCUUUAUCAUCAUGCAUCACUACCCACUUGUGCAGUCUCUUUAGUGUCUCCUUUGUUGUGCAAUGGAGCUUGUGUACAAACAUCACAGCAUCUUCAUACAGUCUAUGAACAUCCUGAAAAGUAUGAAUUCACAACAAAAGGCCAGACACUAACUUCUGCACCAGGCCAUUUGGAAGAGCAGCUGUUGCCACUGUGCCCCUUUCAUCAGUGCCUACAGUACACUGCUUCAUGCAUUCAGCAUACCACCUGUCCUGUUGUUGUCCCUUUCAGGACACAGGAAGUAGAGCACUGCAAGCAUAUCAAGACAGCACCCCCAUCCUCCACAUCUUCAUCCUCAUCUUACUCUGUAACAACUACAGUGCCUUCAGAGAUUUACACACUGCCAAGUGUUGAUGCAGCAAUCAGUAACAAUGAAUCAACUGUCUUAUACCCUGAUGGAAGUUGUAAUGGGACAGUUCAUGAAGGCGUACAGUCUGUGUGUAAGAAUGGUGAACUACUGAUAUAUGCUGAAUUCUCAUACUAUGCUGUAGCUGAAGGUGAAAUACACACCCUGAAGUCUGUGUAA